AUGCAGCCACCAGCAGCAGCAGCAGCAGCAGCAGCAGCAGCAGCAGCAGCAGCAGCAGCUGCGGCGGCAGCAGCUGGCGAGCAACUGCAGCAGCUGCAGCAGCUGCGGCAGCAGCAGCUGGGCAGCACCUGCAGCAGCUGGGCAGCACCUGCAGCAGCUGCAGCAGCAGCUGCAGCAGCUGCAGCAGCUCGGCAGCAACUGCAGCACCUGCAGCAGCUGCAGCAGCUGCAGCAGCUGCAGCAGCAAGCGUGUGUUUCGGCUUGCUCAGUGGGUUUGGGGCUGUUUGGAGAAGGCCACGUGGUGCUGGUUGAAGGAUCUUUUGCUUCCGAUUUGUCUCCUUUUGUUGCUGUUGGAGUUGUGCAUUUGCCGCGGCUGCCGCAGCAAGAUCCAUUUUACUGCAGCACGAGGCUGCGGCGGCAGCAGCUGGAAGCAGCAGCAGCCAGCACCUACCUGGGCAGCAGCAGCAGCAGCAGCAGCAGCAGCAGCGGCAGCAGGGGCAGCAGCAAGAGCCUGCUGCCGGCGGGCCUCAGCAGCAAACCCAGCGGAGACGUCAGCAGCUUCUUCGGGCCAAGACUGUCUCCUUUGGACUUUUCUUUUUUGUCUCUUUUUGAAGAGACAGAAGCAGCAGCAAGAGUGGAGCAGCAGCUGCUGCAGUCGUGGGGGGGCAGCAGCAGCAGCAGCCUCAUAGACAAGCUCGCGGACUUCAUAGUGGCCCAAAAGGGCCAGGGGGGCGCUGCAGCAGCAGCAGAGGAGGACAGCCCCGCAGCAGCAGCAGCAGCAGCAGCAGCUGCUGCUGCUGCUGCUGCUGAAAAUAAACCCAGCAGCACGCAGUGGUACAUCAUCAGCCAAAUACAAUUCACAAACCCCAAAGACCUCAAGCUCCUCGAGGCAAUCUUCGCAGGCGCUGUUGCGGAGGCGGAAGACAGCGGAGAACCCCUUGCUGCGGGUUUUGUCUUUUUGGGGAAUUUUGAAGAAAAAGAAAAUGGAAAAGACUUGGGCGAGGGUUUGGGGUGUCUGUACACCCUAAUUGUGAACAAGUUCAAGGCGCUGGGGGAAAAGUCGCUGCCACGGCUGCCAGUAGCUCCGGUGUACACGCAGCCUUUCAUCGAGCGCAUGCAGCAGCAGUUUAAAGGAGCAAAAGAAAGAAUUUGCUUCUCCACUAGCCCCUGCAGGAUUCGCCAGGGCUGCUGCCUCAUGACUUUCUUCAGACAUGACAUUUAUGCUGCUCUUUCCACGGAGUGUUUUUUGACGGGGGGUUUUGAUGAAAACGAAAGCAUUCAGCAAAACCUGGACAAAGUUGUACUGAACACCAUCCUCGGCCAAGCCCACCUGUGCCCCUGCCGCGCAGACCACCGCCUCGCCAAGCCCAAAGACAGCAGCCUCCUCCUCUUCCCCACUCCCAACUUGCUGUUUUUGUGCGACACUACUUGUCCCCCCUUCACCAAAGUGGACCCGAAGCACCCCGACGACAUGAUCGUGUGCAACGCAGGCGAGUCUAGGGUUUAG